AUGCGUCGAAUCUACAAGCCCUACGACCGCGUGGAGACCCGUCUGCUCGGUCGUGCGCACUUCGAUCGAGGGAUGUCGGCCCAGGAAUGCUAUCAAGCGCUCCUGAAUUCGCACGGAAUGACCGCGCCCUCCUACGCCUCGGUGUCCCGCUGGUAUCGCUUGUUCCGCAAAGGGAACCGGGAGGUGUCGGACAUGCCACGAGCCGGUCGUCCACGUCGCUUCACCGACGCCGAGUUGAUGGAGGCGUUGAUUACGGGGCAGAAAACGUGCGGCGAAUUGGCACAGGAGCUGAACGUGCAUCCCACAACGAUCGGACGCCGAAAAAAGGCCUAUUUGGAGAGGAAGCGGCGGCAAGCCCUGGGGCAAAAUUCGGCCGAGACCUCGGAGAAGGACGAGGAAGAGGUGGAGUUCGAUCCGGAAGAGUUUUACGACUUUGAAGACCGGAACGGCGACGAAAACCGAUUCGAAGAGAUCAGGGUCGUCGAAGAGAAAAACUUACCCAAAAAAGUCGAGGAAAGCGGCCGAAAAAAGAGUCGAGUGAUCGUUGCGGAGAUCAUCAACCAAGUCGAGCUGGAUCCCAAGCUAUUUGGCCGGUGA